AAAGACUAUAGGAGCAUCACGUUCUCACGUCUGUGGUACUGGAUUGAUUUAGUAAGGUUUGCAUACUUGGCACCUACAGUGACGAUGGCGUGGACGGUGGGUCUCAGUAACCUGGUGUUAGCGGUCUACGGAUUCACGCUGAUCAUAGGCCUUCCCGCCAAUAUCUUGGCUUUUUACACCUUCUUCCAGAAGAUCCGCCAGCGCUCCACCCCGAUGGACGUGCUGUUACUCAGUUUAACCAUCUCCGACUUGAUCUUCCUCUUUUUCCUGCCUUUUCGAAUGGUGGAGGCAGCCAACAUGAAAUGGACGCUGCCGUACUUCCUCUGCCCUCUGUCGGGAUUCAUCUUCUACUCCGUCAUCGCCAACAGCACCUUACAUCUGAUGGCCAUCAGUGUGGAGCGAUACCUGGGUGUAGCUUUCCCUAUUAAAUACAAGCUGAAACGCAAGCCUCGAAAUGCCGUGAUAGCCUGCGUCAUGUUCUGGGUGGUUUCCAUGGCGCACUGCAGCGUCGUCUACAUCAUGCAAUACCACAACUAUUUCAACCCUAACAUCACCGAUCCAUCGAAGCAUAACACCUGUUAUGAAGAAUUCACCACCGAGCAGCUCAAUAUCCUCCUGCCGGUUCGCCUUGAGCUUUCUAUUGUUUUUUUCUGCAUUCCUUUUCUCACCUGCUGUUUCUGCUACAUCAAGUGCAUCUGCAUACUUUCCCGUCUAUCCAAAGUUCACGCCAAGAAGCGGUAUAGAGCUAUCGGGAUGGCACUGGGAACACUUCUGGUCUUUGUUAUCUGUUUCAUGCCCUUCAACAUCUCACAUGUGGAGGGAUAUGUCUACGGCUACAGCUCUGAAUGGAGAACACAUGCUCUGCUCACCAGCACGCUGAAUGCAUGUCUCGACCCUUUCAUAUUCUACUUCUCUUCUUUAGCACUCAGAGAGACUUUCAAGAAGGUGUUGCAGGAGCUGGUGAGGCGGCUGCUUCCUCCCUGCUGCCGCUCAGCUCUCUGCUGCCCUUUAUUCAACCGUGGGAAAUCAGAGGAGAGAACACAGAGCUCAGAUGACAGCAUCCGCUAACAUAUCAUGCCAGGUUUUGCAUUGAUUGUUGUGCUUUGCGUUGUCUUCAAUGCAUGUCAUUCUGUCCAAAGCCAAUUCAUGUAAUUCUAUUAUGCCACCGUGACCCAAUGCUUUAUGCAUAGACAGAAGUGGAGCAGCUUAAAAAUGGUUUUCAGAAGAAAAUCAAGCAUGCACAUGCUGAUUGCACUAAUAUGUUACUUAAAUCUUUGCAGCAGCACAAUUUUAUUCACAAUGAAAUAUAGAGCUCGACCAAUAAACAAUCAACUAAACAAAGAUAUUUAGACUAGGGCUGUCGAUUUAACAUGUUAAUUUAAUUAGUUAUGGAAAAAAAUAAUGCAUCAUUAACACAUUUAAUGCACCCACCCCGCCCCAGACCUACGUAGUUCAUCUUACAUUUCAUAAAGUUGAUUGUUGAUGAAUAUGAUGCAGGGCAACAACUCACUGCAUGAUGAAGCCUAUAGAAUGCAGUUAGAAUGACCCUAAAAAUCAAAAUAGCAGGGCAAAAAGGCCCCUGUAUGAGUUUUUGUCUCAUUUUUAUAUCAUAUGAUAUAGUUAAGCAACAUCACACGAGCAAGGAGUGCAAUAUCAUACGAUUUUGUGUGCAAAUGUGAUAUUGAUUUUACUCAAUAGUUCAAUAAAUAAGAAGUUAAGAUUGUUACAUUUUAGACACAAUAUUGUCUACCUUUGCUCAAUUUUGCCAAUAAAAAUAUAUCCUUUAAAGCCAAAGCAGAACUGUUGUGCGUCUCCGAGCAACACACAGCGGUGUUUAGUUUCUGAAUGAAUCCCCAUUUUGAGCAAAUCAAUCAGGUGAAUCAGUGAUUCAAUGGUUCAUUCAUAAAGAGAGCCUUUUACUUAAUUCCUGAAUGAAUCAGCCGUUUGAAUUAAUCGAAAGAAUGAAUCACUCAAUGACUUACUCAUUUAGACAUUUACCGGUACCUACUGGCAGUUUUAGUUUCUUAUUUGCAGUAUCAUUUCAUUAAAAAAAAAACUUCAUAUUUCCAUAUUAAGAAAAAAUCCUUUAAAGGUAUAUUUCACCCUAUCAUCAUUUACUCACCCUUCUGGCCGUUGAGGCCUAAGUAAUGAGACGUGUGGCCAAGUAUGGUAUCCCAUACUCAGAAUUUGUGCUUUGCAUUUCACCCAUCCAAGUACACACACACACACAGCAGUCAACACACAC